AUGAGGUAUGCGCUGAGAAAUGCACAAGGUCUCACAACAGACAGCAGUGCCAGCGAAGCUGACACUGCUCAAACCAACUUUGACCUAGUCAGCAAUGAAGAUGCAUCUGAAACAUCGGCAGGCACUGAGGUGCCUGCCACAAACAUUGCUGACCAUGAGGUUGUACCUCAAGGGCCUGAUGACUCCCCAGGUACACGAAGUCCAGGCUCUGCAGUGCCUGAACUUUCCUCUACUGCAAGAGGCAUGUCUCUAGGGCCCGCUGAUCCCCCAGACACGUCUAAAAUGUCCCUGGAGCUAACAUUGGCUGAUCUCUACCAGCUGCUCAAGUCAGACAUGAACCAGAUGGAGACCCAGCUGUCCGAAUCUCAGAACAAGAUCGAAUGCAGAUUAACUGCACUCGAAGAAUGA